UUGAGCUGGAAGAGGAAGCGCGCCCAAAGAUGGAGGACGAUAGCAAGCGGAAGUGGGACGAUCUCUCCGGAGACGAAGGCGCUUCCGAGGAGGACGACGAUCUGGACAGUGAUGACGAGGAGAUGGCUGGAAGGGCCGCGUAUGAGAAGCUCCUUCCAGAGGCCAAGGAUCAAGUAGGAGAUGCCAAGCCCAGCCUCAAGGACAUGGAGAUCAAGAUUUGCUGCGUGUGCCGCGCCAGGGUCACUGGUUGGGUGGGUCUUAUGGCUCACGCCAGGACCUUCAAGAAGAAGUACGUGGCUCAGCAUCGCGGCUAUCACAAGGCCCUUGUGGAGGUGAUCGAUCCCAAGCCGCAAGAUCGCGGGAAGAAAGUGGAGCUCGCCGAGGCCCGGGUGAGCUCCAGGGUCUUGCUCGAGGAUCACAAGAAAGUGGUCUGGCCGCCGGUGGUGCUUGUGGAUUGCUCGAGCGUGGAGCAGGCUCGGAGCUUGAUCGAGGAGAGUGUGAUCGAUCAAAUUGAGAGGGUCUGCGAAGGAUUUCUUGUUGUCUGCAAGAAGAUCCCUCUCGCUUUGACGCUGCUGCGCUGCUUGAUGGAGCCGUGUAAGGUGCUCCAGCCGGAAGACAUGGCGCGGAUUGAUCCGGAGAGAAAACUGGUAGACUGGUGCGCUAUGAGUUUGGAUGAAGCUGCUAGCUACAUGAAGGAUCUCAACAUGGAUGACGAAAAACUUGCUGACAACGUGAAGGCUCAAAAGCUUCAAAGCUGGAAGCUCGAGGUCGCCCAGGGGAAGACAACUUCGCUGAAUUCGAAUCUAGCGAGCUUGCUGAAGCUCCGUGAGGACAAGCUGACGGAGCUACGACAGAGACACCAGCCCGGUGAUAAUUCUGAGGCUCUUAAGCUCGAGAUCCAGCGAAAAAUGCAGCUCUUUGAGGAGCAGCUGAACCACAAGGAAAAGCAAACCGCACAUCAAAUGGUUUUGAGGAGAGCCAAGAUGGUUAGGCAAAGAAACGAAGCUCUCAAGCAGAAACAACAUCUGGAGCGAUUGCUGCGGAAGCAAGCCAAACAAACCUCGGAGAAAAUGGAGCAGCUGAAAGGCAAGCAACAAAGGGAUGAGGAAGAGCAGCGCAAGUGUUUGGAGAAAAUUGAAUCGGACUUUCGGGGUGAGGAGUUAAUGCUUAUCACACAACACGAAAAUGAGCUCAAGCAGCUCCAAGAGGCGGUGGAGAAAGAGACGAAAAUGGCACUGGACGAGCUGCUGGAUAAACAAAAGCGGGCCAAGCAAGAGCAACAGAACUCUCCAAAAGAAUGCAUUGUUUGCACGAGGCAGUUUUCAUCGGAGCUAAGGAGGGCAGUUCUCGUCCCAUGCGGCCACUACACGAUGUGCAUCGAAUGCUGCUCGGGAAUCUGGAACCUCCGCAAGCCAAAGUGCCCCGCAAAGUGUCCCGUCUGUCGUAUGGUGAUCGAGCUCAAGCCCGAGGUCACCUACGAGUGAGCAACGUACAACAUCAAGGUCGGGUAUUAGCCUCUUUUCCAGAGCGUCUUCUUCACUAUUGAGCUCAGCCUCUCUUUCAUUUAAGCAGGAAAAGUCUAGCGAGACAACUAUCGAAACUUACAGAAGUUAAACAAGAACAGGAAAAUUCUAGCGAGACAACUUUCGGAACUUAGAGAAGUUUAGCAGAGAUAUAUGAUAUAGUCCGGUCGGUCCCCCGACAAAUUUUGUACACUCCAACACUACUAUUCUCUAGCUUAUAAAACCAUGGAAGAUCCCCCAAA